AUGAUGAAUAAACUCAUAAUAAUCACAUUCUUACUCACCUGCUGUGUUCAAUUGAUUGCCGGUGGUUGCAGGAAUCAAGAAAGUAGAGCAUGUGAAUCAAUAUGUACAACAGAUCUUAAUGGCGCUUUGAAAUGUGAAGUUCGUGGUGCUGUCAUUUUGCCAAGCAUAAAAUCAAAAAUAAAAGUUGAAGCUUCUUUGGAAAAAGUUUUUCCUGUUAUUGAAUUAGCGGAUCUAAAAGUUCAGGCUGAUAAAAUUCUACCCGAUUUUAUCAAAUUUAAUUGGACUUAUUAUGAUGAUAAAUGUGACAGUGCACUUGCUACUAUUAAUGUAAUUGACGCUUAUAAAGAGAAAUGCUCACAUUUCAUAAUCGGACCAUCUUGUGACUUUUCUGUCGCUGCCGUUAGCCGGAUUGCGAAAUAUUUUUACAAUGAUGGCUUGAAUAUUGUCACAGCCGGGGGAUAUACUUACGACUUUGAGGAACCCAAAAAUACUUGUGAUGAUCAAUUUUACAUGCUUCAUCGAGUUGGGAUGCUUAGUUUUGAGCAGAUUUCAAAAUUUGUGAUAAAAAUCAUGGAGAAUUUCAAUUGGGAGAAUGCUUUGUUCCUGUACGACCGUGAAGGCAACUCAGAAGUUGGUGGAUCUCAGACAUGUCAUCUUAUGAUGAGUUCAGUCGCGAAAUCAUUCCGUGAAAAGAAUUUGAAAUUUUCUGCGUAUGUCUUAGACAUGAAUGAUAAUGAUACGAAUGUUAGGAGUAACGACUUGCGACGUGAAGCUGGCAAUAAGCAUGGCAUUAUCAUAAUGUGUGCAAAUCCCAAAACAAUUCGUGAAAUCAUGAUUGCGGCAGACGAACUCAAUAUGAUUGAUAGCGGAGAAUACGUGUUCUUCAAUAUUGAAAUUUUUGGAAGUUUGAAGAAAGAUCCACGUCCAUGGUUCGAGCAAGAUGAUAAUAACGACCGUAAUGAAAAAGCGAAGAAAGCGUAUCAAGCACUGCUUACAAUAACAACAAGAAAGCCUGAAGAUGAGGAAUAUCAAAAAUUCUCUGACGAGGUUAAGAAACUUGCUCUGACAAAGUACAAUUACACAUUCAACGAGAACGAACAGAUAAGUCAAUUUGUUUCAGCAUUCUAUGAUGCUGUUCUACUUUUUGCAAAUGCUCUGAAUGAUAGCAUUCAAAUUUACGGCGAGAAUGCUUUAGUUAAGCCUCUUAAUGGAACGCGAUUAACUCAACUUAUGUGGAAGAGAAGUUUUCGUGGUAUUACAGGAAAUGUAUCAAUAGAUGCUAAUGGAGAUAGAUUAUCAGAAUAUUCACUUUUGGAUAUGGAUCCUGAUACAAGUCACUUUGAAGUUGUAGCUGUCUAUCAUCAUGAUAAUGACAAGCUAAAGUUCAUUGAGAAUAAGAAAAUUCAUUGGACUGGAGGACGAAUUGAAGCACCAGCAGACAGACCAGAAUGUGGUUUUGACAAUUCAUUGUGUCCACCCGACGACUCAUCAGCUAUGUUUGCAAUCUUAUCAAUGGUUCUCGGACUCGUCGUGAUUAUAUUGAGUGUUGUGUCAAUUGUAAGUUAUCGACACUAUAGAUUGGAGGCAGAAAUUAGUUCAAUGACGUGGAAAAUAAAUUGGAAUGAAGUCAUUCCAGUACCGACUACUAAUCAAAUUAGAGGUAGUAUUCAUUCGAGAACUGGAUCUCAAUUGUCAAUUUAUUCCGAAGAAAUGAUGGGCGAUCGACAAGUUUUCAUACCAAUUGGAUGCUAUAAAGGAAAUACAGUGGCUAUAAAGAAAAUCACAGUUCCAAUAACGUUGACACGUUCAUUGUUGAUGGAAUUAAAGACGAUGAAAGAUAUACAGCACGACCAUCUUGUGAGAUUUUAUGGAUGUGUCAUUGACAGCGUUCCUUGCAUUCUAACAGAAUAUUGCCCAAAAGGUUCAUUGCAAGACAUUCUCGAGAAUCAUGAAAUCAAUCUUGAUUGGAUGUUUAAAUUAUCGCUGAUGCAUGAUAUUGUUAAAGGCAUGAGUUAUCUGCACACAACACCAAUUCAUUCGCAUGGACAAUUAAAGUCUUCAAAUUGCGUUGUUGAUUCACGAUUCGUGUUGAAAAUAACAGAUUUUGGUCUUCAUGAUUUGCGAAGAGAUCCGUCUGAUGAGUCAGAAAAUAAGGAGAGUCAUGAAUACUGGAAGAAAUAUCUGUGGACUGCACCCGAGCUUUUGAGAGCUAACAAUUAUUCAGAGCGAGGGACACAAAAAGGCGAUAUCUACAGCUUUGCUAUAAUUGUCCAAGAGAUAUGCUGUAGACAAGGUGUUUUCUACUUGGGAGAAUGUGAUGAAAAGACCCCAAGAGAAAUAACUCAACUAGUAUCAAGUUGUCCCAUAUAUCCAAAUGAACCGUUUAGACCAAACAUCGACAAUGGUAAGGAUUCGUGCUGUGAUGUAAAUAAUUUGAUGAUGAAAUGUUGGUCAGAAGAUCCAAUCGAUCGUCCUGACUUCUCAGCAAUCAAAUCAAUGGUUAGGAAAAUAAACAAAGAAAAUGAAUCUGGAAAUAUCUUAGAUAAUUUACUUAAACGUAUGGAGCAUUAUGCUCAGAAUCUUGAGAGUUUGGUGGACGAACGUACUCGAGACUACUUAGAUGAGAAGAGGAAAUGCGAGGAGCUUUUAUAUCAAUUGCUUCCCGUUUCGAUUGCUAGUCAGCUGAUUGAAGGAAAGCCAAUUGUGGCAGAAAUGUUCGAUCAAGUUACAAUUUACUUUUCUGAUAUUGUUGGAUUUACUUCAAUAUCAGCAGAAUCAACACCAAUGCAAGUUGUAGAUCUCUUAAAUGACUUAUAUACAUGUUUCGAUAAAAUUCUUGGACAUUUCGAUGUCUAUAAAGUCGAAACAAUUGGAGAUGCUUAUAUGGUUGUGUCAGGACUUCCCCAAAGGAAUGGUGAUUCACAUGCACGCGAAAUCGCACGAAUGGCAUUAGCUUUACUAAAUAAAGUACAUAAUUUUAUAAUACGACAUCGACCCGAUGAUAAGUUGAAGCUUCGUAUUGGUCUACACAGUGGACCAUGCUGUGCAGGUGUCGUUGGAUUAAAAAUGCCUCGAUAUUGUCUGUUUGGUGAUACAGUGAAUACAGCAAGUAGAAUGGAAUCGAAUGGUGAACCACUUAAAAUACAUAUUAGUAAUAGUACAAAGCAAAUUUUGGAUAAGUUUGGCACAUUUGAUGUGACAUCAAGAGGCUAUGUAGCAAUGAAAGGAAAGGGUGAAAUGCUGACGUAUUGGCUUAAUGGAGAAAAGUCUCCAGAGGAGCUUGCUAAGAUGUCACUUCCAACAAUCGAAACAAGUCAUCAUCAUUUUACAAAUAAUAAUAAUAAUAGCACUAAUCUUAAUAAUAAUAACAUAAGUAAUCAUUCAUCGACUCAACACAUCAAUCAUCAUGACAAGGAUGUAAAGUUAUUAGAUGUUAAUCAUGUUCCUGAAGAGAAACCAAAUAAUACAAGGGCUAUUGCUGUAGUUCCUCCCCUUACACCCCAAAAUUCAUUUAAUUCAAAGAACAAGAAUGUAACAAUCAACGCUAGUCUCCGUAACAACCUCAGCAGCUAUAGUAGUCUUAAAGAUUUAUCACAUCAGCCAUUACUGAAUGGCAAGAAGCCAUCACUUUUAAAAAAGAAACAAAUUAAUUUCAAUAAUGAAAAGCAUCAGCCACUAUUGAGUGCUAUAAAAUGA